GGAUGGAUCAGUGGUGCAGCAGGAAUUAUUGUGGGUAGCCCUUUAGAUGUAUUAAAGGCAAGAUUACAAGCACCCACAGAUACGGAAACAGUGCAUCGGAAAGGAUCCUGGAAUACUUUGAAAAGCAUGGUAGAAACGGAAGGGAUAGGGUCCAUGUUUAAAGGCGUCCUAUCCCCAGUGGUUGGACUGGCAGGUUUAAAUGCGAUAUUAUUCGUAUCCUAUGGUUCUAUCAUUCGCUACUUUGAACAACAAUACCCUAAUGAUAAAGAACCAAGCUUAAUGCAAGUGUAUAUUGCUGGUACUGGUGCCGGAUUUGCUUGCUUUUUACUUUCGACACCUACAGAUUUAGUAAAGAUCAAAGCACAGAUAUCGAAACUCCCAAAGACAAGUUGGCAGGUUACAAAAGAAGUUUAUCAUACUAGCGGGAUCCGAGGGUUCUAUCAAGGCGGUUUGGUCACGGCUAUACGUGAUUCACCCAGUUAUGGUAUCUACUUUUGGGUUUAUGAAGGUUUGAAGCGUGUGUUACAAGUUAGUCCAAUCGAAAGUGAAGCUUGGAAGCUCCUGUUGGCAGGAGGUAUGGCAGGCACGGUAUCAUGGGCUUCCAUUUAUCCAAUUGACGUCGUUAAAUCACGUCUACAGAUGCAGAAACGAGUAAAGGGGGAUAAUGAAGCUAGAAGAUUGUUGUUGACAGAUCAGCCUUAUGCAUCAAUUAGAGACUGUGUGGUGCGGUCCUACCGAACGGAAGGACUUGGUGUUUUCUUUAGAGGUCUAUGGCCAACCCUUUUAAGAGCAUUUCCAGUCAAUGCUGUUACGUUUUAUACAUAUGAGAUAAUGAUGAGUUUUUUACAAAAUUUAUAG